AUGAGAACGCAGGACUCGGUUCAAGAAGUUCUCAGGCAAUUGAAAUUGAAAUACCUAUAUCUGGUAAAAAGUGCGGACAGCGACCUGAUCCUGCCCAAGGGGAACGCCGAGAACAGAUACCGCGAAGACCACUGCGUCAUGUUCCUGUCUCCCCAGGGGGAGCUGGUAGUCCGCGAUUUGACCCCAGACAAUUCAACUAGCCUCGAAAUCUCCGAAGCUGGCCCACGAGAUAAAAUUCACAAUUUUAUUGGCGAUGGUCCCCGCCAGCGAGUCAUUGCCCGUCUGCCCCAAAAGCGACACAUUCUCACAAUUGGCAAAGAUGCAAGGUUCUUUGUCGCAUGGAAUGAUCGCCUCGUGCAGCCACAAUACAUAUCGAGUGCCGAGUACGGGCUUCGUCGCUUUGCCUAUCAAACGGGACAACUGGGCGCCUUGCCCGUGACAGACUCGUUCUUAGGCUCUGUAUACUAUUAUACCCCGUCUGAAAAGGUCGACCACAGUCGAGACAAGGCGGCGAUUCUCAAAGAGCAGGAAACUGCCUUCAAACACGAAGCCAAGAUUUUACAAAAGCUGAAAUGCGACGACGGAGUCAACAAUUUCAUCAUCCGGUUUGGGGGUUUUGAUGAGAUCAGUAACGUGAUGUGGUUCCCACCUCAUAAUGGCACCCUUGACAGCCUGAUGAAACCUAUUCGAGACAGGCACGAGCAGAGCGGGUGCAUACGUCCGGCAUUGCAGCAGCUGCCCGGCCUGGUGUGGAUGGAACCUUUUAUCAGACAGAUCGCGUCAGCUCUGGCCUUCCUAGAAUCGGAGAAAAUCGUCCACCAAGACAUCAAGUCGCCCAACAUCUUCUACAACUGUGAUGACCAGGCCGAGGGCUGGAUAUUUGUCCUCGGAAACUUUGGGUAUGCCAAGGACCUGAACUGUAUCGUUGAGCCCGGUAAGAGAUGGAGGGCUGAAGUGGAGCGCAAAGGUCUGAUUAAAGCCGGUGUCGACCCGAAACCGGACCCGAAGCUAAAAACUGAACCCGAAUACAACCCUCCUCAUAAAGACUGCCACCACCUGGGACCUGAGUACAACAAAUGGAGACUCAAUGUCAACUUCCCGAGGUGGGAGGAAAGAUUUUACCCCGGAGCCUGUGCAACAUCGGACUCGUACCAGUUUAUGGUUCUGAUUCUCGAGGGUUGCUGUGGUCUUAUAUGUAAGAAUGAAAUGGGAAUGACAGAUGAAGACUGGGCCCUAAAGGUUCGCUUCCUGGCCGAAAAGCUGCGGGACCCUUCAGCCGAGACACCCCAAGAACCCGUGGCGGUUGCUACCCCGCCCCUCCCAAGCCACGAGGAAAAGGACUCACUGUGGCUAAAGGAGAGACACCGCUGGGCAUCACGUCUCCACGAGUUGGGGGCAAACAAGAUCAUUGGUAAUUUGAUAUGGUCGUAUGUGCAACUCGACGACACUCGACGAACGAAGCAGAGUCGUCUCCCCAAGUUUCCCUGGACCGAUUUCAUGGUAUUCCAGCCGCCGGCGCCCACCGCUACCCAGACACCGGCACCCGACGGCGCUCGCCCGCCUCAGCCAGACCCGAGCAAGAAGACCAUCCAGAAACCCCUCGGAAUACCCCCAGCAGCCCAGCCCAAGCCUGGAAUGCCACCUUUGGGUGAGGGAUCGACGCUAAAGAUAGACACGGCGAGGUCAAAGACCCAAAUCUCUACGGGAUACGCGGGUACGUGGCUGCCGCCAUCCCCACCGGAGUCCCCCAAAAAGGCGGCGGCCUCCCAGCCCACGAGGCAUCAAACAACACAGCAACGGGAGCAUUCGCAGCCGGAGCAGGAGGAGCAGAGUAAAGUCGUCCUCACUGUCGGCCCGCCAAAGCGUAAGGCUACAGGCACCGAGCUCGAGGAAGAGACGAAUCGCGUGCCACGCCCAGCUCCUCGAAAUUCCCACGGAAACGGCGAUGCCCAAGACGGCCCGGAAGAAGAUCCCAAGAAUCAUGACAAGAAAAACCCCGACAAGCGUUGA